AUGGCAGCCUUCUGGGCAAUGGUAGGAGAGGCCGCGAUGAUGCAGCGCUGCCAAGACGACUGCGUGAAGUGCUGCGGUUCAUCUCUUGAGAUGGAGAAGAGGCUCGAUGGCCUCGAUACCUCUGCCAGCGACAUUGAAGGAAUCUACAUCGUGACAAACAGCGAUCGGGGCUCCAUUCUUCUGGACUGGAAAGCAUGGGCCACAGCGCUGGAAAAGGUUUGGGGAGCAUCCGACUGGCACUUCGGUGGUCGCGGGAGCUUGGGCAUUGUGAUCACGACCCCCAAAUCGACGCACAGUGGCGCUGAAUGUGACUUCGGGGUUUAA